UUUGAUUAAUUUAUCAGUUUAUUUUUCUUAUCAAAAUACUGUAACUUCUUUACUCCAAAUAGCGAUAAUUUUUAUCUCUUUUCACUCCAAUAUAAAAAAAUCGUUCACAGUUUACUUCGUUGUCCUGAGUACAUGCAGAUCUAAUAGUUAAUAAUUAUUUUUAUCAAUUUUAAUGGCAAUGGAACUUACGACAAGAUUUCGUACAUUUCACCGGCUUUUUCAAAAACCACUUGGAAUUGUAUCAUACCAAAGGUGUUCUCAUAGUGUUCCAAAAGAAAUUCCCAAUGCUGACUUAUUGAAUACAUUCAAUCAAGAUAUUAAAGCUGGUGGAGUGGUGCCAGUAUUCCGUAGAGCUCUAUUAUAUCCAUCAAGGGUUGCGGUACAAGAUGAACAGGGAUCGUACACAUAUGCAGGGUUAUACCAGGCUGCCAAUAAGCUUAGUCAGGAUAUUGCUGCACAAUUGUUGGGUGAGAAAGAAAGAACAAUUUCAUACAUGUGCGGUAACAAUGCCUCACAUAUAAUCAUACAAUGGGCUAUCUGGAUGACAGGAAACAUUGCUGUCCCUCUCACACCUAUCCACCCACCGGACAUGCUCAAAUAUUUCAUCCAAGACAGUGGCUCGAGCCUCAUCAUAUGUACAAAGGAACACGAGAACUUGCUCCGUCCUAUAGGUCAAGAAUUCUCUAAGCCACUAUUAGUAUCGAAUAGAGAUAAGAAUGAAAAUGAAGAGAUACCAGACAGUUGGAAGCCAGAGGCUGGUUUGAACGAAGCGGGGCCAAAUAACUUGUGGUACGGGGGAAAAGAUGCUAUGUUGAUCUAUACUAGUGGAACAACAAGUAAACCCAAAGGCGUAGUCUGGACGCACAGCAUGCUGAGCACUCAGAUCUCAGCAUUACACACAGCCUGGCAGUACUCAGCAAAUGAUGUAGUAUUACAUACAUUACCGUUACAUCAUAUACAUGGACAACUCAAUUCAUUGAACGCGACUUUGGCUGCUGGAGCCAAAAUCCGCAUGUUACCAUCGUUCGCGUCGCACACAGUAUGGUCGCAGCUCGUGGGCUCUCAGGACACGCGAGUGUCAGUGUUCCACGGCGUGCCCGCGAUGUACGCGAGAUUGGCGGCGGAUCACGGGACUAUGUUCACUGACGCCAAGACGAAAGAGUACGUGAGGUCCACCCUCAGCAAGAUGCGUCUCAUGUGCGCGGGAUCUGCGCCGUUACCUGAAACACUAUUCAAUAAAUGGGAGGAGAUAUCCGGACUCCGUCUUCUCGAGCGGUACGGCAUGUCUGAAGUCGGUAUGGCGCUGAGCAACCCGUACCGGCCGAUCAGCGCGCGGUCAGUGGGCCGCGUGGGGACAGCGCUGCCGGGGGUCAGCGCGAGGAUCGCGGUCAGCGCUGAGAACGGGCUCGAGCCGGUGCUGACUGUAGCGUGCGACGCGCCUGACACACAGAUUAAUCUAGAUCGUUUGGGCUUCACAAAGAAUGCUCAAGAAGAAAAUGGCUGGAAACCGGGUAAAGUCACAAUUCACAAGGAGAACAAAGAUGGAGUCUACGAGGGUGAACUGCUUCUAAAGGGACCUAAUGUUUUUACGAGAUACUGGAACAGAGCACCAAGCCUAUCCUCGUCAGACUUCACACCAGACGGCUGGUUCAGAACUGGGGACAUUGCGUCCUACUCCGAAGGAUCCUUCAGAAUUAUGGGCAGAUCCUCCGUAGACAUUAUAAAGACUAGUGGCUACAAAGUUAGCGCUUUACAAGUCGAAUCUGCCAUAUUGGAACACCCCAAUAUAGCAGACGCAGCAGUUUUGGGUAUAGAAGACGAGAAUUAUGGAGAAGUUAUAGCUACAGUCGUAGUUACUAAGGAUAAAAAGGAAAUAACGCUAAAGGAAUUGAAGGAAGUCGCUGGCAAGAAAUUGGCGCCAUACCAGUUGCCAAGGACUUUGUUGGUCGUGGAAACUAUGCCACGGAAUGUUAUGGGCAAACUGGAUAAAAAGGAAAUUAAAAGAUUGUUCGGGAAACAGCUGGUUUAUAAGAAGUGAUCGUUGGAAAGAAUAAACAUUUAGAUCAAAGUAAUAGAUUGAAACAGGUUUUUAGAAAUUUAAUAAUUAUAGUCGUUGUCUUUAACUGGUUCUGAAGCUUGAAGUUCCUUACUUGUGCAAUAUUCAGUACAUACUUGAUGCUAUAGUCAAUUAUUGUUAUAAUUAAAUAAAUAAAUAAAUCAUUUAUUUGCACCAUUUUGAGUUACAAAAAUUUAAUGACCCAGGCUCCUAAUAUAAACUGUAAACUGUUUUUCAGGAGCCUGUGUUCACACUAAUUUAUUAUCACUGUUUCAAUGGCGUACAAUUGACAAUUUAUUUAUUUAUUUGCAUUUCAAUGAAGUUAAAGUUAUAAUUUAAUUAAUGACAUAUUUUUACAUUUAACACUUUACAACCGUAAGAAAACAAAUCGAAUUACGUUAUAUAAUUAAAUAAUAAUAAUAAAUAACGUUCAUUAGUUCAUUUAAUUUAUUCUUGUCUAUGCUUUUUACAUUUAAACUUAUAAAGCUGUGUACACAUCCUUAUAAAUUUUAUUUUAUGUGUCGUGUGCACAUGUGUGUUUGAGUUAAUAUAUUAUGUUGUUCAGAUUUUAAAUUCUUGUCGUCUUGUGUCUAACGUGUUAAAUGUUUGUUUUUAUCUAUCUUUAUACCUUUAUUAUUAAAGCUCAAACAAAUAAAAAACAUUUUGCUCAAAAUAUCACAUCAAUGUAAGUAUCGUAUCAUGUACGUAUAAAAAUAGCGUAAAUUUAGAUUCAGAUAUAGCAUUGAUAAUCUAUUUUUGAGAGGAUUUUGUACCGUUUAUAUAAUAACAUAAUUACACAGUACAUAAAAACGAAUACAAACCUAGUAUAAAUUGUAUAUUAUGCAUUUAUUAAUAUAUUGUGUUAUUGUAGAUUCUUAAUAAUAUAAAAGAAAGUAUAAUGUUGUCUCGCUCUAACAUUUAAAAUUAACAAAUAAAUAUUUAUUUUUCUUUGUUCGCAUAUUAAUAUUUUUAUGCUUGUUUCUGUCAUAAUAAGGAAAUAUGUAAGGACUGACUUAUUGUUGUUGUUGUGUUGAAUAAAAACCAUUUUCGUUA